AUGGACUUCUCAGCGUUUGCAGGGCAAAGUCCCGCCCACAACGAUUUUCGCAGCGACACAUUCACAACUCCAACCAUGUCAAUGCUCCAAUCAUUAGCAGCGACAACCGUGGGCGACGCAGUAUACAACGAAGACGCCAAAACCAAGGAGUUGGAAGAGAAAGUCGCGAAACUAACAGGCAAAGAAGCAGGCCUAUUCUGCGUGAGCGGGACAUUAUCGAACCAGAUCGCCAUGAGAGUCAACUUGGCACAACCUCCAUAUAGCGUCUUGUGCGAUGUGCGCGGACAUGUAUACGAGCACGAAGCCGGCGGAUUAACUACAUUGACGCAAGCUAGACCGCAGCCCAUCUACCCCAAGAACGGCAAGUAUCUCACUCUCCAGGACGACAUCUUGCCUCAUUUCGUGCCUGAUGACGGAGAAAUUCACGGGGCCCCGACAAAAUUGAUCUGUUUGGAAAACACCUUGCACGGGAUGGUGUACCCUCUCGAGGAGAUUCGCGAGAUUUCAAACUUCUGCAAACAAAACAAUGUCAAGUUGCAUCUCGAUGGAGCAAGAUUAUGGAACGCGAGCGUCGCCUCGGGGAUCCCUCUCGAUCAAUACUGCCAAUAUUUCGAUAGUGUCUCGCUAUGUCUUUCCAAGACUUUGGGGGCGCCAAUAGGCACCGUGCUUGUCUCCACUCGCAAGUUCAUCCAAAAGGCUAACCAUUUCAAGAAACAGAAUGGCGGAGGCAUAAGACAAAGCGGGAUCUUGGCUAGUAUGGCCAUUGUGGCCAUUGAUGAAAACUGGCCGAAAUUGCAAGCGACGCACGAUAUGGCUCGAGAAUUGGGGCAAUUGUGCCAUCUGCACGGCAUCGUGUUGGAGCACCCUGUCGAUACCAAUUUUGUAUUUGUUGAUAUUGCUGCGAACAAGAUCAACCCCGAGAAGCUCGUUGAAAUUAGCAGCAAACAUGGAGUGAAAGUUUACUCGGGACGGGUCGCGUUCCAUUAUCAGAUUUCCAACGCCUCGUUUGAAAAGGCCAAACGGGUGAUUGUUGAGGCGUUCGAGUAUGCCAAGGAGCAUCCAUACGAACUGCAGAGUAACUUCAAGUUUUACACUGCGGCGAACUAA